GGUCCCGGCUUACCAGCAGCUCUCGUUGUUGCCGCCGGUAUCAGGGAACACCCGCCACGUGCGAGCGAGAUCAAGAAGGUUGCGCAGGCCAGAAGGAUGCACAGCAAGGUAGUCAUCAUCGGCUCCGGGCCCGCCGCCCACACGGCCGCCAUUUAUCUGGGGCGAGCCAACCUGAAGCCGGUCAUGUAUGAAGGUUUCAUGGCUAACGGCACCGCAGCGGGUGGCCAGCUGACCACAACCACGGACGUAGAGAACUUCCCUGGUUUUCCUAAGGGCAUUGGUGGCCAGGAGCUCAUGGACGCAAUGCGCCAACAGUCAUCCCGCUUUGAGACCGAGAUCAUCUCCGAGACCGUCGCCAAGGUCGACCUGUCCUCGCGCCCUUUCAAAUACUGCACCGAGUGGUCGCCGGACGUUACGCACACAGCAGACACGCUCAUCAUCGCAACGGGUGCGUCGGCUCGCCGCCUGGGCCUGCCUGGCGAGGAAAAGUACUGGCAGAACGGCAUCUCGGCUUGCGCCGUAUGCGACGGUGCCGUGCCUAUCUUCCGUAACAAGCCGCUCUUCGUCAUCGGCGGUGGCGACAGCGCAGCUGAGGAGGCCAUGUUUUUGACAAAGUACGGCAGCCACGUCACAGUGCUUGUACGCAAGGAUAAGCUACGCGCCAGCAGCAUCAUGGCCAAGCGCUUGCUGUCGCACCCCAAGGUCACGGUCAAGUUUAACACGGUUGGAGUUGAGGUCAAGGGUGGUGAGGACGGCCUCAUGAGCCACAUGGUCGUCAAAGACGUCGUUUCUGGCAAGGAAGAGACGCUCGAAGCAAACGGUCUAUUUUAUGCCAUCGGACACGACCCUGCCACUCAGCUUGUCAAGGGGCAGCUCGAGACGGAUGAGGAGGGUUAUAUUGUCACUAAGCCGGGUACGCCACUGACGAGCGUCGAGGGAGUUUUCGCUUGCGGCGAUGUGCAAGACAAGAGAUACAGACAGGCUAUCACAAGUGCCGGCUCCGGAUGCAUGGCCGCCAUGGACGCUGAAAAAUUCUUGGCUGAGCAAGAGGACGUCGAGCCCGACCGAGAGGCGCGCAUGUAA